AUGCUCCUCGUCCUGCCUCACCCGACCUUCCCCAACCUCGACGCGCGAAAUUUCGACGAGCACAAGAUGGACUCGAGUCUGUUGGCCUCGAUCCAAAAGGGCAAAGGCUUGAAAAAGGUCACGACCGUUGACAAAUCUGGGCCAGCAGUCGCAGGUCAGUUUCAGUUUCAGGCGAGCGUGCCACUUGGCGACAUCGUGGGGGUGCUAUGGAGUGUGCUGGCUACUGUGAGCUGACAUGUUUGGAUCGUUUCCAUGUAUUCCAUACGAUCCCUCCUCUCGAUGUGCGCUGAUGGCUGGCCAACUCACUCGGCGUCACACCCACACACCACCGCGCUCGCUCAUCCAUGUACGGGCCCACACCCGAAUCAUACUGCCACAGGACGACCACUCGAUGGACCUACUCGAGCAGGAAGACCAGGACCCCCCGCCAGACCUGCCGCAGCUGCCGCAGCUGCCGCACCUCUAGCCUCGAACGACGACGAUGACGACCGACCGCCUCAACUGGCCGGUCUCUUUGCCGGUGGGAUGCCCACCUUGAAGAGUCGAAGUGGGACCAUACCGACGGGCAAACCAGCUGCACCUGCUGCACCACCCGCUCCUACUCGUGCACUUCCCGCUGCUGCUCGUCCUCCACCACCAAGGCCAACAGCCGGCGCUCCCGCCGCGCCCCCCCCACCACCGGGGAGACCGCCCGUUGCACCGCCUCGUGCGCCGCCGCCUCCUCCUUCGGCCGCCGGAGGUGCAGCGGCGAGACCGCCUCCCCCUAUUCCUUCCCGAACUCCUGCUACACCUCCUCGACCGCCUCCAGCUCCACCUCGCGCAGCCGCAGCCCCGCCUCCAUCGCUGCCAGCUCGACAGGUCCCAGCGCCGCCUUCGCUGUCUCAGCGAUCUGUGCCCUCGGUUCCUGCUGUUCCUCGGCCACCCCCACAGGCUCCGCCGAGUCAGCCUCAGCUACCACCUCGAGGCCUGCCUCCACCACCACCGAGACCGACCUCAUCCGUGGCGGCACCCCCACCGCCACCACCCGCUCCUCCUGCUCCGCCUGCCCCGCAAGAACUUCCCCCAGCGAGGGCUGGGCCGAGUCUGCCCUUGCGGGCCCCUAUCGACGCUCUUUCUCCAGCUCGAGGCAUUCCCCCUCCCCCUUCUCGUCCACCACCGGUGAACGAUAGCGACGACGAAGAAGCACAAGACCAAUACGGCCAUGCGACAUCUCGACCCGCAUGGAUCAAAUCCAAACCACCCACAGCGAACGGAGGAUCCCCUGCUCGAGUACCUCCACCACCCCCCGCUUCCAGACCCGGUGGCUCAGGUCGCGUUCCACCUCCACCACCCCCUUCGAGAGGUCCCGCCGCUCCGCCAUCUCGUGUCCCUCCUCCCGUCGUCGAGGCUCCCGCACCACCCUCACGGCCCAUCCCUGCUCCGAUGGUGGCCCCUCCCGCCCUCCCUCCGACGCGUGUUGCCCCACCCCCUUCUCGAGCUCCACCUCCACCCAUCUCGGCCUUCUCAAGCAUGACUGUCCAAGAUGGCCAAGAAGAAGAAGACCAAGGAGCCUAUUCGAACUACUCGAACGGAGGCUACGCCCCUCCACCACCUUCGGCUCCGGUUCCACCCCCACCUCGUCAGAUGGCCCCCUCCGCAGCAGCGCCGAUCUUGGCACCUCCGAUGAAAAGUGCGCCCGCUGCUCCUGUCACAUCUCAAGUUCAUCAAACGCCUGCUCGGAGUGAGUCUCCCACACCUGAGGUAUCCUAUGAAAUGCGCGGGCAAACUAACUCCGAACGCUCAACCCUUAUCUCACAGUCCCCUCUCCACCCCUCAUCCUCGCCCUUCCCUCUGCACCAACACGCAAUUUCGCCCCUUCGAGUCAAUUCCCCCCUCCUAGACCUUUCGAUGCGGGAGCGAUGAGGGGCUCGGGGAGAAAGUUGGGUUCGUGGGAUUAUCGGUCGCAGAUGGUGUGA